ACGCUGGCCUGGGCGGCUGGCAGAGCGGCCGCGUGCGCAGCCGGCCGGGCUCCGGCUCGCACCGGUACCUCGCACCCGGCCUGCGCGCGGCGUGGGCGCGACCGGAAGCUGCAGGUGUGUGAAGCCGGAGGCGCGGCGGGUGCAGGCUGGCAGCGUGGGCCCCGGGCACUGGCAGCGGUCGGGCACCUCCGAUCCCGGGACGCUGCAGGCCCCCCGGUGUCCGCUUAGAGUUUGGGAGGACCUGGCUCCACGGUUAGGACCGGUUUAUCCUGAACACAGGAGGGUCCCAAGUUAGGCAUGUUGGGUGACAGCCCUUGCCGCGCUCUUCGAGAGCCAAAAAGCCGAAAUCAGACAUGCACACGGCCGUCCGUGUGAGAGACUGAAUAAGUUAAGUUCUAACAGAUGGGAUCGUGUCAGCACAGCCAUAGAUCAUGCUAAUCCCAUUCUCCAUGAAGAAUUGCUUCCAGUUACUUUGUAAUCUCAAGGUCCCAGCAGCUGGCUUUAAAAACACAGUUAAAAGUGGACUCAUUUUACAGUCGAUUUCCAAUGACGUUUACCACAAUCUGGCUGUGGAAGACUGGAUCCAUGACCAUAUGAAUUUAGAAGGCAAGCCGGUCCUUUUCUUGUGGAGGAAUUCUCCCUCUGUGGUAAUUGGUCGGCAUCAGAACCCUUGGCAGGAAUGUAACCUGAAUCUGAUGAGAGAAGAAGGUGUGAAACUGGCUCGGAGGAGAAGUGGAGGAGGCACAGUCUACCAUGAUAUGGGUAACAUCAACUUGACUUUUUUUACAACCAAGAAAAAGUAUGAUAGGAUGGAGAAUCUAAAAUUAGUUGUGAGAGCCCUGAAGGCUGUCCAGCCACACCUGGACGUGCAGGCUACUGAAAGAUUUGACCUUUUACUUGACGGACAGUUUAAAAUCUCAGGAACAGCUUCCAAGAUUGGCCGCAAUGCAGCUUAUCACCACUGCACUUUGCUCUGCAGUACUGACGGGACCUUCUUAUCAUCUCUGCUGAAGAGCCCUUACCAAGGGAUCAGGAGCAAUGCCACUGCCAGCACACCUGCCUUAGUAAGAAACCUUAUGGAAAAAGAUCCCACUCUGACCUGUGAAGUAGUGAUAAAUGCUGUUGCCACAGAGUAUGCUGCUUCUCAUCAAAUCGAUAAUCACAUUCACCUAAUAAACCCAACAGACGAGACAGUGUUUCCUGGAAUAAACAGCAAAGCCAGAGAACUGCAGACCUGGGAAUGGAUAUAUGGCAAAACUCCGAAGUUCAGUGUAGACACUUCCUUCACUGUGUUACAUGAACAGUCACACUUGGAAAUUAAAGUAUUCAUAGAUGUCAAGAAUGGGAGAAUUGAAGUCUGUAAUAUUGAAGCACCCGAUCAUUGGUUGCCACUGGAAAUAUGUGACCAGUUAAAUUCAAGUUUUAUUGGUAGUAAGUUUUGCCCAAUUGAAACGACAAUGCUAACAAGUAUAUUACAUAGAACAUAUCCAGGGGAUGAUGAACUACACAGUAGAUGGAAUAUUCUGUGUGAAAAAAUUAAGGGAAUAAUGUAAUUCCAAGUAAAUUUCUUAAUGUUGACAGUUUUGAUGAGAAAAUUAAAAUGUUUACAGUGCAUUA